UGUGGAGGCGACUGUCAUGGUUUUUGCUGAAUCUAACUGUGUUGUGCUGAGUCUUCUGUGUGCAGGUGGGUGUGUCUGGAGAGCAGCUGGAGAGCAGCUGCUACCUAUCUGUUCAUCAGUGGUCAGGGGAUUUAAGGAGCGUUGGGACAACUCAUCAGUACCGGAUGAUACUCAGCAUUGGGAAACUUCUCCUCCACCAACCAAGCCUCCAUCAGCUGCAAGAAAACUCACCGGAUUCCAACCCUGUCUGCCAGUCCCGUCGCUCACCCCUGACCGCCUGCUCUCCAAUCCCCACCUGCCAACUCGGACACCUCCAACUCUGGUACUCAGCUCCCAGCCUCACCUGACUCUCGCUCUACCAGCUCAGCCAGCCGUGACUUGCCCACCCCUCUCAGCCUUACCAACAACCAGGAAACUAACCCCACCGGAACCAUCGGAUCUCAGACCAUCAUCUCCUUCAUACAUUAUAAUAAACCUUUUUUACUUACCUUUGUCUCCGUGCAUGAUUCUGCAUGUCGUGGGUCAAAAAGCUGCAGCCCAGCAUGACAGCGACAGAAAGGCUGUGGGCUGUGUUUCAAUCGCCCAAACAGGACGGCACCAGCCGACCAAUUGCUGACAAGAAAAUCAAAGGGUAGGAAUGGGAAUGUAUCCAAUCAGCGUUGACGUUGUUUCAGAAGCAUGAUGGGCGAUAGAGCUACCGUCAAAGGCUUUCGAUGGAGUUCGGUAGAACUCGGAGAGUCUCGACUACUCCAGCACGUUUUUGGUCGUGACGCAGAGCCUACAACCAGGAUACCGGAUCUCAGCAGCCACUGAAUUCAGUUCGGUCUCUUCUCCAGUAUCCGUUCGAGAGGAGAACAAUGGUGGAAAAACUUAAUGUCAAAGAGCUUGGACCAGAUCAGCCCGACGUAAAGAUAAGCCAGCAGGACAAGGAGAAGGGUAAACUGUACACACGAGGCUUCUCCCGAAAUUGGUACACCAGGAAGGCUUGGCUAGCUGGAUGCAAUCACGCUAAUGCGUUAUUUUGCUUUCCGUGUUUGUUAUUCAAAACGGCUGGGAUCCACAGUAAUGUGGAUGUGGAACUUGUGUCUCAUUAGGGACUCCAUUCAUUCUCUGACUGAGGAAUGCAGCGCAUCAAUGCAGCAGCCAACAAAGAAACGGAGGACGUUUGGACAGGGAGAACAGCAGCUGGGUGCAGAGGUAAGCUGUACAUUACAUUUCUGUAAACAAGACAAUCAGAAUCAGAAAUCCUUGGUUGUCCCGCAAACCGGGACAUUUGUUUAAUAACAUGUACAUUGUUUAAUGUGCAAUAACUGUAAAAA